GUUAAUUUUGUAGGUUGUCCUGCCAUCUUACAACCAGCCAUGUCUGGAGGUCCACCCCGCAUGCCAGCACCUGUGUGCUUGAUUGAGAAUGCAGAGGAGGGACUGCGGACUGUGGAAUCAGCCCUGAACAUCCUCAGGGGGAUCCAGCAGCCUUUGGUGGUGGUGGCUGUGGUGGGGUUGUACCGCACUGGCAAGUCUUACCUCAUGAAUCGUCUAGCUGGGAAACAGUCAGGCUUUGCUCUGGGCAGCACCCUUGAGUCUAAGACCAAAGGCAUCUGGAUGUGGUGUGUGCCUCACCCCUCUAAGACAGGACAUACGCUGUUGCUGCUAGACACUGAAGGACUGGGUGAUGUCGACAAGGGCGACCCGAAGAAUGAUGCCUGGAUCUUCUGUCUGGCCGUGCUGCUCAGUAGCACCCUGGUGUACAACAGCAGAGGCACCAUCGAUAACCAGGCUAUAGAGAAACUCCACUAUGUGGCUGAGUUGACUGGAAGCAUCCGGAUAAAGUCAGAAGCGGGCGGCGAUGAGGAGGACUGUGAGUUCGUCCGCUUCUUCCCCAGCUUCGUUUGGGCCGUUCGGGACUUCACUCUGGAGAGGAAGAUCGAUGGUCGGAAUGUGAGCGAGGACGAGUACCUGGACUUUGCCCUGAAGCUGAAGAAAGGUCAGGCUACUCCAGUGAUGACCUACAACCAACCGAGACUGUGCAUCCGGAACUUCUUCCCGACCCGGAAGUGCUUCACCUUCCCAUUCCCAACGAUUGCAUGCAACAUGGCGCAACUGGACUCCAUGGCUGAAGCCGACCUUUUCCCAGACUUCCAUAGUGUCACUGGCCGCUUCUGCAGUUACGUCUUUGCAGAGAGCCGUGUGAAGACGGUACAGGGUGGCCACGAGGUCAACGGCAGCCGGUUCAGCCAUCUUGUGAAGAUCUACGUGGACACCAUCAACAGUGGCAACGUUCCCUGUCUGGAGAAUGCUGUGGUUGCCAUGGCAGAGAUCGAAAACCAGUCGGCCGUGAAUAAGGGCUUCUCGCUCUAUGAGCAGGGCAUGGGGGAUUUAAGUAAGACCUUUCCCAUGGAUGUUGAAACUGUCUCGGCAGAACAUAAUCGCCUCGACGGCCUGGCAAUGCAGGAAUUCCUCAAAUGUUCCUUCAAGGAUGAGAAGGGGAAAUACAUGACACAGCUGGGGGACAUGGUGUCUAAGCUCUAUGAGCAGCUGAUCACUCAGAACAUGGAGGCUUCUGAGAUGCUGUGUCAGAAGCUUCUCUUGGAUCUGUAUGCACCGAUGGCAUCCAACAUUCAGCAGGGCAGUUAUGCCAGGGCAGGCGGGUAUGAGAUCUACUGCCGUGACCGAGACGCCAUGGUGGCCAAGUACCGGCAACAUGACAAGAAGGGCAUGAAGGGGGAAGAGGUGUUGCAGAAGUUUCUCCAGGAGAGGAACGCUGAGGCCAACUUCAUCUUGAAGGCUGACGAGACACUCACAGAGUCUGACAAGAAGAUGGCAGAGGCCCUUGAGCAGGCGAAGGUGCAGGAGCAGGUCGUCAAGGCCGAACAGCAGCGGUCUCAGGACCUGCAGUGCGCCCUGGAGGACGAGCGUCGCAGCAAGGAGGAGCGCAUAAGGCGCCUGGAGGAGAAGAUGGAGGAGGAGAAGAAGCUCCUGCGCAAGGAGUUUGAGCAAGCCCUGGAGAGCAAAAUGAAGGAGCAGAAGGAGAUGCUGGAGAAGGGCUUCAAGGACCAGGUUGAGAUCAUGGGCCAGGAGAUCAAGGAACUCAAGAAUGAAUUUGAUAAGAUUAAAAAGGCUUACCCAAAGAAAAACAAGCCUAUGACCAAGAUUGGUGGUGACAUCAACUCCCUCCUGCAUAAAAUGUUUAUUCACUGAGUGUCCUAGUGCCAAUGCAAUGCAAGGCAGGGCAGGGCAGGGCAGGGCAGGGCAGGCUUAUCUGCAGAGGAUCACUAUGGC